AUGUCUCGACCGCAGAACAUCGGCAUCAAGGCCUUGGAGCUUUACUUUCCUUCCCAGUGCGUAGACCAGGCCGAGUUGGAAAAGUUCGAUGGCGUCGCCCAGGGUAAAUACACCAUUGGCCUCGGCCAGACGAAGAUGAGUUUCUGCGACGACAGAGAAGAUAUCUACUCCCUCGCCCUGACCACCGUUUCGUCUCUCCUCCGCAAAUACUCAAUCGACCCGAACUCGAUCGGCCGCCUCGAAGUAGGCACCGAGACCCUCCUCGACAAAUCCAAAUCCGUCAAGACGGUGUUGAUGCAGCUGUUCGAGCCCAGCGGCAACACGAACAUUGAGGGUGUCGACACUGUGAAUGCUUGCUACGGCGGCACAAACGCGCUCUUCAACUCCCUCAACUGGGUCGAGUCCUCCGCGUGGGACGGCCGCGACGCCAUUGUCGUGGCUGGUGAUAUUGCGCUCUAUAAGAAGGGCAACGCGAGACCGACUGGCGGCGCAGGAUGCGUAGCCAUGCUCAUUGGGCCUGAUGCGCCAUUGGCCUUCGAGCCGGGCUUGAGAGGCAGCUACAUCACGCACGCCUACGACUUCUACAAGCCAGACCUCACGAGCGAGUACCCGAUCGUAGACGGGCAGUUCUCAAUCCGAUGCUACACCGAGGCCGUGGACGCGUGCUACAAAGCCUAUAACGCGCGAGAAGCCAAACUAGCGAAACAGCUCAACGGCAGUGCGACAAACGGCACGACCGAGCACGACGAAAAGGAACCCGAGACCCCGCUCGACCGCUUCGACUACAUGUGCUUCCACGCGCCGACGUGCAAGCUGGUCGCGAAAUCCUACGCCCGCCUCCUCUACAACGACUACCGCAACAACCCGGACGCGGAGAUCUUCUCUAGCGUGCCCCGUGAGAUUCUGGACCUCGAUCACACCGCCUCGCUCACCGAUAAGACCGUCGAGAAGACCUUCAUGGCGCUCGCGAAGAAGCGCUUCGCUGCUCGCGUGCAGCCGAGCAUCCAGGUACCUACCAUGUGCGGGAACAUGUACAGCGCGUCUGUCUACGGCUCGCUGUGCUCCGUUCUCGCGAACGUCUCAUCCGCCGAUCUGCAGGGCAAGCGCGUUGCCAUCUUCAGCUACGGAUCGGGGCUCGCGAGCAGUCUUUUCAGCCUCAAGGUGCGGGGUUCGGUGGACGAGAUGAAGGAGAAGCUAGAUAUUCACGCUAGGCUCGACGCGAGGCGGACGGUGCAGCCGGAGGUGUAUGAUGAGAUGUGCAAUCUAAGGGAGAAGGCGCAUCUGAAGAAGGACUAUAAGCCGGUUGGCGAGACGGAGACGAUUUUCCCCGGGACGUACUACCUUACGGGCAUUGAUGAUAUGUUCAGGCGGAGCUAUGAGGUUAAGCAGUAG